GCCUUUUGGCAGCGAAUAAACGUUUAACUUAAAUCGGUUAUUUCCCCAUAACGUUUAAGUCGUACACCAUCGUGGAAAAAAUAAAAUGAAAUAAAAAAAUAAAAACCCACAUUUACAUAGGCUUACAGUAGCCUACAGAUACCAACACUAUCAAUAUUAAUUCAAAUUCUGUUUCUCCCAGUCAGGAAUUCUCAAGUAACUGAUUGCAGUACCAAUUUUGAGUUAAUUUAACUCAAUUUAAGUCAUGUGGGUUACAAAUGAUACGAUCUGUGAAAAGCUUUUUUAUUGACACAGCAACCAUAAAUAAGUCGUAUUUAUUCACAUUGUGUUGUUCAGCUAAUAAGAACAGUAUAUCCAGUAAAAAAAAUUUAUGCAGUAAAGAUUUGUGAACUAGCCUACAUUUUAUCACUGCAUCCCGCCUCCUCUCCUUUGGUUAGCCUAAUUCAGUUCAGACCAAGGCGGUUGCAGAAGAAAAGAAACUGAAAGCUUUUCUCGGACUCGCUGGGAGCCUGUCGCAAACAAGAAUAGGCAAAGCGGGCAUCCUAAACGGCAGCAGAAAUGUCCCUCGACUUUUACGGCUGGGAGGUGACUUACGAUGACGACCAGCACCUACAGGCAGCACAAGAGCCCAAAUCGGGCAAGCUCUACACCAUGUAUCACGGCACUAAAGUACAGACUGCCCGUGACAUCAUAAAACAGGGAUUCCGCCAGUCUCCCGACGGCAUGCUGGGUCCGGGCGUGUAUAUCAGUCGCAACCAGAAGAAAGCUGAGCGCUAUCCUCUUCAUUCUUCCGUGAACGACCGGGUUGUUCUGAAGCUGCGUGUGGACACGGGAAAAGUUAAGCGCAUCAACACAGACAACCACCCAAUGCAGAAAACUUGGCACAGCCAGGGCUACGACACCGCCUGGGUCCCCCCGAACUGCGGCAUGCGGGCUGUACCCAGCGGCUUGGAAGAGGACUGCGUCUGGGACCCCAAUCGCAUUGAGGUGAUUGACAUCGCCCUGGCACCGAACACCACCAUUCUUGCCGAACUGAAAGGUCUCAUCGCCCAAGCAAAGAGCAAACCCGCCAACAACGGUCAGGGCUCGGGGGGACCGUGCCAGAUCUGCAAGAAGGCGACGUCCGCUCACGCCACGGAGAGGUGCUGGGGCUGUGGAGAAAACAUCUGCAUCUUCAUGAACAAACAUUUAUGCCAGUUCAGAAGCUGAGAGCUGGGGAAGAGUGUUGCAGAUACAAAUCAUUUCUUAUCCUUAAUGCUUCUAUUCUGAAUCAGGAAGAGUAACCUAUGUUAUUACAGUUUUAUCAGGUGAAACAAUUAGCUUCUCUCCUAUUUGUGCAAUAUAAACGAAAAUGUAAGGCAUUACAAUGAAGCCAAGCUUUAGGCUUUAUCUACUGCUUACCUCUGAAGGGCUGAAUUUUUUGAUUUACGAAUAUAUCACGUAAGUUGCCAAUUUGUCUUACUGCAAGAAAUUUGGUUAAAUAAACCUGUGAUCUCAGUAAUAGGCACUGCCAUCAGGAAAAACUGUCUAUUUUAUAAAAGCAGCCUGAAAUUCAACUGCCAAGCUGGUCACUGCUGGACUUAAUGUACUUUAUGUGUUUUUAAAAACUUGAAAACUUUAUUAUAGUUAAAUAAAAAAGGCUAUAA